AUGGUGAAGCUUCUAGAACCAGCUGAGAUAAUUUUGAAUCCAGAAUGCUUUCGUAAUAUGGUAAAUCUUCAAAUUUUCAUAAACCAUAAUGCAUCUCUACGUGGGGACAUUAACUAUCUGCCCAACACGUUAAGAUUUAUUGAUUGGCCUAGUUGUCAGUUACAAUCUUUGCCACCCAAUUUUCAAGGAAAUCGUCUUGUUGCGUUCAAUAUGCUUGGCAGUCAUAUCAGACACUUGGAGGGAUUUAAGCAUUUGCCAAACCUGACAUCCAUGGAUUUAAAUGGUUGUCAAUUCUUAGAAAAAAUCCCAGACUUAUCCGGAAUCCCAAACAUAAAAUACUUGAUUCUAAGUGGCUGUAGACGUUUGGUUGAGAUUGAUGAUUCUGUUGGACUCCUUGAUAAACUCGUUCAAUUGAAUCUUAGUAGAUGCGUUAAGCUUACGAGGUUUGCAACAACACUUAGAUUGAAAUCACUUGAAGAACUUGAUCUUAGUGAUUGCAAAAGGCUUAAGAGUUUCCCAGAAAUAGAAGUCGAGAUGGAAUCACUAUGGACAUUGAAUAUGGCAGGAAGUGGCAUAAGAGAAUUGCCUCUAUCAAUUGCAUAUCUUACUGGGCUUCUAGAUUUGAUUCUUAAGAGAUGCUUCAAUCUUACUGGGCUUGAAUUACGGCUGCUUUAUUUCUGGUCCACAUUACGAUAUCUUGAUCUAUCUAGAAACAAUUUUGUCACGCUUCCGGAAUGCAUUAGCAAAUUUGUGAGCUUGGACCAGCUUGACUUGCGUGAUUGCAAGAGUCUUCUAGAAAUUCCACAAGAAGUGCUUCCACCAAGAGUAUAUACGGUAUUACUGGAUAAUUGCACAUCAUUGGAGAAAAUUCCAAAACUGCCACUAUCAUCGGAGGUUGAGUAUCUGCGUUUGAUAAAUUGCGUUAGACUACGUGGCUAUGACAUCACAGAAAAUAGUAUUCUGGAUCAGGUAUCUUCUCAUCCGCAUUCUGAAUUUACAAUUACUCUUCCAGGCGAUGAAGUACCAAAGUGGUUCAGCUGUUGUAAAGAUGCAACACUAGUUAAAGAGGAAUUGGUUAUAGCUCGAUGUGAAGUUUGUUUUGAAAUUCCUCCAAAUUUAGAUUGGGAGACGUUAAGAUUGGUUCUAUGUGUUGUUAAUAAAGGAAAGUCAUAUUUUCGUAUUGAUAGAGGCGAGGUAGAGUCACGUGUUCAUAUCAAUGGAAAAAUGGUCCAAUCGACACAUAUGUUCGUAUUCCGAUCAAAAAACAAAAAAACAAAGAUAGAGGAAAGUCAUGUGGCUCUUAAGUGUAUUCCAUUAUUGAAUCUGAGCGAGUUAGGUGUGGGGGAAGAACUGACGCGGUUGCAGCAGGGUAAUAUGUGUCAAAUUAUAUUUGAGUUCUAUAGAAUGCCCACACCCGUUAAAAUCCUCUGCGGGGUCCACCUAUUAGGCCACCAGGUUGCUGAUGUCGCAGUUGAUUGUGGGCAAAGGCAGUGGUUGUUGCCUGAUGCGAUGGCAGUGGACGAUGAUAUUCAGGAUGAUCAACACCAAGACAACGAAUUGCUUUCCUUACCUUCAGCAUCAGAGACUAGUCUUGGCAAGAGGCCUCGGUUAUCAGAUUUCUUGGCACUUGAUGAUGAUCAUCGUGCUAACGUCGUCGACGUUGGUGAUCAUGAAGCUCAAAGAGGAGAGGCUGAUCACCCAAAGAGGAGGCACACUGAUCUUAACGAGGAGCCAAAGUAUGUAAAUCCAUUAAAUUCUGAAUGA